GCGGAGGCGGGCGGCGCCGCCCCGCUGUGGCCGCUGUGGCCGCGCCGGGCCGGGCCGGGCCGGGCCGCUCCGUGCGCUCCGCUCCGCUCGGCUCCGCUGCGGCGGCACGGCGGGGCCAUGGCCACCCUGCGCCGGGACGGCCGGGUCACCGCCCUGCAGCGCCUGGGCUGCGCCGGGGUGGCGGGCGCGCUGAGCCUCAGCCUGACGGCGCCGCUGGAGCUGCUGACGGUGCUGGCGCAGGUGGGCACCUGGCACUGCCGGCGGGGGCUGCGCGACGCCGGGCGCAGCCUGUGCCGCACCGAGGGCGUGCGGGCCCUCUGGAAGGGGAACCUGACGGCCUGCCUGCGCCUCUGCCCCUACAGCGCCCUGCAGCUCGCCGCCUCCCGCCGACUUGUUACCCUUUUCAUGGAUGAGCUAGGCCAUAUUUCCCACUGGAGAGCCAUCAUGGCAGGAAGCCUGGCUGGCAUGGUGGCCACCACGGUGACGUACCCCAGCGAUGUGAUUAAAACACGGCUCAUCGUGCAGAACCGGCUGGAACCAUCUUACCAAGGAAUUCUUCACGCUUUUUACAAGAUCUAUCAUCAAGAGGGGCUCCGGGCACUCUACCGUGGUGUCUCACCAGCAUUAUUAGGUGCUGUUCCAUUUUCUGCAGGCUCAUUCUUUGUUUACACCAGUCUGGACACAAUCUGGCAAGAACCCAUAGUUCGCUUCACUCCUCUUCAGAACUUUGUAAAUGGCUGUGUGGCAGCUGCUGUGGCACAGACACUUUCUUUCCCCUUUGAGACUGUCAAGAGGAAGAUGCAGGCCCAGAGCCCUUGGCUUCCCCACUAUGGAGGAGUUGAUGUCCAUUUCACUGGCAUGGCCGACUGCUUCCGGCAAACUGUGAAGAACAAAGGUGUGCUUGGACUUUGGAGUGGACUCACACCCAGUCUACUCAAGAUUGUGCCAUACUUUGGUGUUAUGUUUAGCACCUUUGAAUUCUGCAAGCGGGUUUGUCUCUACAGAAAUGGUUAUAUUGAAUCUCCCUUAAAUUACAAGCUAACACCUGGUGUUGACCAGAGCUUACACCCACAAGAACUGAGAGAAUUAAAGCUCCUCCGAAGGGAAAACUUUGAGCCGAGGAAAUCAGCGCUUGAAAACUGACAUCAGAGUGUCCACUGCAGAUAUACAAAUACCUUUCUUAAAGAACUUUGCAAGAAAGACAUGCUGAGCUACAGGUACUGACAUUUCAGUGGACUGCUUGGUUCUUGUAGUGAGACAUCUGUGACAGGAAAAAAAAAAUCUGUAUUGUAUUUGCUGAAUGGAUUUAAAGAAUAUGUCUGGCAAGCACAUACUGAAGAGGAAAGAUGCAACUAGUUUGAAAACUCUGUACUACUGAACUUGAAAUGGCAUUAUUUUAGGUGCUUUUUAAAACUGAAUAGCCAUUUGAGAUUAAACCAGGUGCAGAAAGGCAAGAGAAUAGAGAUGGGAGUAUAAAUUGUCUCCAAAAGCAUUAAGAAAAUGGAUUUUCUUAAAGCAAUCUGAGAUACUAAGUCAGCAAAAAAUAAUAAAACAGAAUAAAAUCCAUGCAACAUGCAAGAAUUUCUACUGAAAUCUCCAGGUUUUUUAGUGAUACUGUGUGGACAUGGCAUUCUACAGAGUCAGAAUUAGUCUUACUUCAGUCACACUCCCAAAUCUACUCCUUAGUUUUUGAGAUGUACUUGAGAAUAUUUUUUCUGAAUCUCCAGCAUAAAGAUGAAUAUAUGCUGCUGCAACUGUACUUUUGCUAAGACAGAACUGUAAUGUGCAAAAUGGACUGUAAUACACUGGAAUGACAAUCCUGCAAACUUAAGUGCAUACUCAAAAAUAUUCCUCCCUUUCUCGUGCAUUGUUACUGCAUGUAUGUGAAUUACUUCACACUUUGAAAAAUAAUUUCCCUGAAGUCCUCUAACUGAAAUAUUUCCUGGAAAAUGCAGUUCUUAAAUGUGUUAGAUAUUUCACAAACUCUGUCAUGUUUAGGUACUUUUAAAGCUCUAUUUUUUUUUAUUAGACCACUUUUUAGUUCCAGUGCACGGACCUAAGCCUGCUGUGCUGCUGUGAACUUGCACAGACAGUAGCACCAUGCACACCACCUGGGCUUGAUCCACUUGAACCCUGUGCUCCAGGGGCCGCAGACAGGUCCUGUAGGAAGGAACCUCUGCAAGAGCACCAGGUUACUGCCAGUGCCACUGCCACAGAUGGGCCUCUUGGGAGCUUUUGCACAACAAAAAAUCACCUUUGAUGUUAGUGUUAUAUCUGAGGAACCUCCAGUUCCUUUGUAGAAGUUCAGCUAUGGAGCAGCCCCAUCCCAGUGCCUUCUGAUAGAAAACCCAAAGCCCAUGUCCAUCUGGGAAGCUGGCUGUGCCCCUGGCAGCAUGGGAGUCACAGCAGCUCAAAAGGUGUGUGCACACUGGCUCCAGCCUGAGCUGCAGCAGCCUGGGCUCAGCACAGCAUUUGCUGCUCUACACAGCUCCUCAGCUGUGUUUUUGCACUGUUUAUAGCCCCUGAUGGGUGAAAAGAAGUAAAUCUCAGAAAGUGCUUGGCUAGAACAUGUCACAGCAGUAUGAGGCAUUGGCAAAUCCGUGCAGGAACAGUCUGUAACUGUGGAGAGAAACUUGGAGAAAGAUUUGGGAUAACUGUAAUCCUGCCUUGCGCCUAGAACUAAUUGUUGAUGUAUCUUACAGCUGAAGUCUUGCAGUAUCUCUCUUAAUGGACUUUGUCUGUUCUGCUGCAGUGGUGCUUCAUACUGAUUUUUUCUCAGCGAAGAAAUGCAGGCAUAGAAAGCAAAAAAUUAAGAUGGUAGAGAGCAGAUCUGGUGGCUCAUGCAUCACACUGAGGCUGUAAGUGCUUCUGAUUCUAGUCAACCUGCCUGGUGAUCAUGUUUCUUUCUCUGUGCCUCAGUUUUCCUAUGGGCACAGUACAGGUAGCAAUACUGAGACUUACUGGACAUGUAUGGCUGUGGAGAUGGGAAUUGUAAGCAUGUUGGGGAGGAAAGGAUUUCUUGCCUUGUCCAAGCAUACCUGUAUGUUUUUUACUAACACUGUAUUUCUAAAUAGAUUUUAAAUAUUGAAUGGGUACAUGUGAAUGUCUGAUCAACUCUUCAAACCUUGUAAGAGUCAAAUGAGUCAAAAAGUUAUCUCUAACCUGUUUCUGAUGUGCUACUACCACCUUUGUAUCGUAGUGCACUCCUACGACCUAUCAAGCACUAACUAGCCUUUUAUCAACCACGCCUGUCCUUUGUAAUCACAAAUACACGUGAUAAAUCCCCAAAAA